UAUCUGACCUGUCAAAUGCACUGUCCUUCCUACUAGGUCAGCCUCUUGAAAUGAGACUGCCUCUCAUUGGAUUUCCACAGUUACAUGGAACAAUUUCUGAAAAUGUUUUCAUUUUCUCCAUGCCUUCGGGGGAGGGGUUGUUGUUUUCAACAAGAUGGUUUACAUACACAAAUAAUAACAUCUCUUCCUUAACCUGUCUCAUUUUCAGCAGGGACUGCUCCCAAAGGAACCAUUGAUAAAAUGCUCCAUUAUAUCCUAUUGAUAGUAACUGAUCACAUUUCGCCAAUUAUGCCAGAUCUGAGCCUGAAGACUAUAAGGACUUUGCAGAACGCUGCAAGCCCAGGCAGAGAGCAAGAGGAGGUCCCUACAGGUAGCCUUUACCCCCAGGCGUUGUGGGGUGCUCCAUACACACGUGUGCAGAACCUACCCCAAAGGCUCUAAGCCCUGGAGAACUACCAACUACCCGGACUGAAUCAUCAAAAUCUGAGGGAGACACUCUGAUGGUGGCAGAACCAGUUCUGAGCUUUCUUCAAGCUGUUGUUGCCUCCAGCAGAAUCUGGCAAAGGCUCAGUUCCGACACCUAAAAGGGGGCGGUGCCUUUCCUCCGCAGCUGGUAACAAGCCUUCACUCGUGCUUCUGGAAGCGUGGAACCAGCCUCUUCGGACAACUGUCCACCAACACCUUCUGCAGGCAACCCUGGGCUCCCUCACACUUUCAGGAGACUACUGUGGGUCUUGGUCGUGCCCAAACUUCCCGCCGGGUGGCAACUGGAAAAGUGAGCUUAACAUGGUAAGACGAGGCUCUCGCACUGCACUCUCACUGCCAUGAAGCUGCUGGUGUGCAUUGCCUAAAAUAAAAAGGUCUCUGUCUGCAAAUCCUGUUUGCUCGGCCCCGGUAAUCCAUCCCCCGCCCCCCAACCCCGCGUACUCCACUCGUACAGCUGUUUUUAAUCCCUACUUUUCUCACUUGGCGUCCCUGGGCUCGAGCUGACCAGACGCGGAGCCACUUAGCGUUUCCUCCUCCCCCUCGCCCGGGUCUGUCCUCCCGCGGCCGUCUCCUCUUUCUCCGCCCGCGUCCCCGGGAGGCAGAGUGUGGGAAGAACGAAUUUCCGCCGGGCUUGCUAGCUACGCGCCGAACUUGGGUCCCUUCCGGACUCAGCCCGCGCACCCCCGGUCUGUUCCACCCCGCUGCGCUCCGAGCCCGAGCCGCGAUCGAGGAGGGGCCGGCUGCGGGGGCUGCCGGGGUUCCACCAGCAAGCCUCACCCCCGGGAGUUCUUGGAAGGGCUCCCGCCGGCAGCAGCUGGGGAAUCCGCUCGGCGGGGAGAAUCCGCGCCAGGGAAUCCAGCUCUCCGAAACCCCGCUGCAAACAAAAAGCGCCAGGUUUUGCUCCCUCCCCCGCCCCUCGAUGCACACGCGAAGACGAAAUAGUUUUCUGCAGAAAUGCAACAAGUAGUACCCGGAGCUCGCCGAGCGCCCUGAACCCCUUGACUUGGCCGGGCGAAGCCUGCCUGUAGAGACCAGGGCCAGCCACCGGACAAAGGGCGGAGGAGGGGCUGCGCUGCGCUGCGAAGUCAGAAAGAGGCCAUUUAGCGACUCCGGCCAGGCCGAAGGGAAUGCAGAGGAGACACGGAGCCGGAAGGCCAAGAGGACCAGCCGGCCGCAGCACGCAGGGUGGGCGGCGAUGGAGGCUGUCCGCACCGUGCGUUUCCUGCUCGUGGUGUGCGGCUGCCUUGCGCUCCCGCCCCGGGCCCAGACCGUGUGCCCCGAGCGGUGCGACUGCCAGCACCCCCAGCACCUCCUGUGCACCAACAGGGGGCUCCGGGCUGUGCCCAAGACCAGCUCGCUGCCUAGCCCCCAGGACGUGCUGACCUACAGCCUAGGGGGCAACUUCAUAACUAACAUCACCGCCUUCGACUUCCACCGCCUGGGGCAGCUCCGACGGCUGGACCUGCAGUAUAAUCAGAUCCGCUCUCUGCACCCCAAGACCUUCGAGAAGCUCUCGCGGCUGGAGGAGCUCUACUUAGGGAACAACCUCUUGCAGGCGCUUGCUCCGGGCACGCUGGCCCCGUUGCGCAAAUUACGUAUCCUCUACGCCAAUGGGAACGAGAUUGGACGCCUAAACCGCGGCUCCUUCGAGGGCCUGGAGAGUCUAGUCAAGUUAAGACUGGACGGGAACGCCCUGGGGGUGCUGCCGGACGCGGUCUUCGCCCCUUUGGGUAAUCUGCUCUAUCUCCAUUUGGAGUCUAACCGGAUCCGCCUUUUAGGCAAGAACGCCUUUGCCCAGCUGGGGAAACUGCGCUUCCUCAACCUCUCUGCCAACGAACUCCAGCCCUCCCUGCGCCAUGCGGCCACUUUCGCGCCGCUGCGCUCCCUGUCCACUCUCAUCCUCUCCGCCAACAGCUUGCAGCACCUCGGCCCGCGGGUCUUCCAGCACCUGCCACGCCUUGGCCUGCUCUCUCUCAGGGGGAACCAGCUCACGCACCUCGCGCCUGAGGCCUUUUGGGGGCUGGAGGCCCUGCGCGAGCUGCGUCUGGAGGGUAAUCGGCUGAGCCAGCUGCCCUUGGAGCUGCUGAAACCUCUGCACAGCUUGGAAGCGCUAGACCUGAGCGCCAACGAGCUGUCUGCCCUGCACCCCGCCACCUUCGGCCGCCUGGGCCGGCUGCGCGAGCUCAGCCUCCGCGACAACGCGCUCAGUGCCCUCUCCGGGGACAUCUUCGCCGCCAGUCCGGCCCUCUACCGGCUGGAUCUAGACGGCAAUGGCUGGACCUGCGACUGCCGUCUGCGCGGACUGAAGCGCUGGAUGGGCGACUGGCAUUCUCAGGGACGUCUCCUCACAGUCUUCGUGCAGUGCCGCCAUCCCCCGGCCCUGCGGGGCAAGUACCUGGAUUACCUGGAUGAGCAGCUGCUGCAGAACGGGUCAUGCGUGGAUCCCUCGUCCUCCCCGACUACAGACAGGCAGAGGCCCCUGCCCACCGCAGCAGGGGAGAAGAUGGCGUACCCCGAUGGAGAUCUCGUGGAGGCUCUGCCAGUUUACCCGCAGCCCCAGCCUCGGGGGCGCGUCUUAGCUGGGGUGACCUGGGAUGGGGCUGCCCGGGAACUCGUGGGCAACCGUAGUGCUCUUAGGUUGAGCCGACGAGGUCCAGUUCUCCAAAAUCAGAGCCCCUCUGCGGCGGCGGCUGCUGUGGGCCCGGAUCCAGCAGCCCUGGACCUUCAUGAGAAGUUGGGUGGGAGUCGCCCGACCCCUGUGGAUCCUGCCCACGCAGAGGCCACCCAGACGGAGACAGCCUCCUUGCCGCCGCUGGCCAGAGACUCCCGGCAGCGUGCGGCAAAGCAGCGCCUGCCCUCGGAACAGCAGGAGCGCGCAGCUCAGUCCGACGGCGGGGUCGGCCUGUCGCCGCUGGUGUCCGACCCGUGCGACUUCAACAAGUACAUUCUGUGCAACCUGACGGUGGAGGCAGUGGGCACCGACAGCGCCUCCGUGCGCUGGGCCGUGCGGGAGUACCGCAGCCCGGGGCCGCCGGGCGGCGCGCACUUUCGUCUUCUCUUCGAUCGCUUUGGCCAGCAGCCCAAGUUCCACCGCUUCGUCUACCUGCCGGAGCGCAGCGACUCGGCCACGCUGCGCGAGCUGCGCGGGGACACCCCUUACCUGGUGUGCGUGGAGGGCGUGCUCGGAGGCCGAGUCUGCCCCGUCGCCCCCCGGGAUCACUGUGUAGGGUUGGUCACCUUGCCAGAGGCUGGGAGCCGGGGUAGCAUCGACUACCAACUGCUGAUCUUGGCUCUGCUGGCGGUGAACGCGCUGCUGGUGCUCCUCGCACUGGCGGCCUGGGCAUCGCGCUGGCUGCGGAGGAAGCUGCGCGCCCGGCGGAAGGGCGGGGCCCCGGUGCACGUGCGCCACAUGUACUCUACCCGACGGCCGCUGCGCUCCAUGGGCACCGGGGUGUCUGCCGACUUCUCCGGGUUCCAAUCCCACCGGCCGCGCCCCACUGUGUGCGCGCUCAGCGAGGCGGACCUCAUCGAGUUUCCUUGCGACCGAUUCAUGGACAGUACGGGUGGGGCCGGUGGCAGCUUGAGGAGGGAGGACCACCUCCUGCAACGAUUUGCUGACUAGAGGCAGGGCCACCAGGCUGUGUGGAAGCAAUCUCACUGGCCUUGAAAACCAUCUCCUAGGGCCUCCCAACCCUUAUCUGGGGAAGUCUGUUUUGUCAGAAGUCUCUUUGGGGUAUUUGCCACAGAGACUAAGGAGGAGAGAGAGCCUAGCUGGGUACCAGCUUUCUCUUCCUCUAAUGAUAAAGUCAGUGGAUGGUACUCAGUGCUCAAUACCAAGACCAGGGAAAUGGCUGGUAGGACAGAUACGGAGGCUUUCCCCAGUAAGAGGUGUUGGCACAGCUAAGUGGCCGGAUCUUAUAGCAUUGCAAUGCACUAGCGUGGCCUCCUUUGGCCAGAAAAGGGUGCUUUGUACCCCUAACACAAGCAGGAAGAUUCGGGUUUAUGCUUUUGUUUGUUCACUCAGUGUCCACAGAGGAGUUCUUUUUCUAUUUAAGGAAAAGAAAACAUCACCAUUAUAAAGACUUGGCAGCUGACCUCACUGGUUUGGUGGUCUCUGCCAAGAAGUGCAAGACAAACAGGUGGUAACAUUUUCUCCCAAGGAACUCCUGUUGGUUGAUAGAGCAUUCAGGAAAUAUUAAGGUUUUAAAUAAUGAGACACUUUUUUUUUUUCAACAAUGUGAAGACCUCUGACUUUUAACUAACUGACCAAUAAGCUCAAAGACUUAUUUUCAUUAGACUUGGCCCAUGGAACUGUUUUCCUCUGAAGAUGAACAGGACAUGAAUGUUUGCUUACCUUAAGGAUAACUACCAUUACUUACUUUUCUCAGGAGAAGACUCCCUUCAAGACUUCUCUAUCAGGGUUGUUCCUGUGGUUUUUAAUUUCUUUUAACCUAUAUAUGGGAAAGGAAAUGCCAAUGCCAGAACUGAUCAAAUGAAUGCAGUAUGUGUGUAACUGAUGACUAUAGGGAACUCCUAGCUCACUUACCAAUCUCUGACAGUAUAUUUAGAUGGGUAUAAAUGUGAUGCCCUUCUCUUUGCGUUUGUUUUAUCAGCAACACUCCAUCAGCUAAGCCCGCUUCUCCUGAGUUGCAUAGUUAAAGAGUUAAAGAUAAUUGUGUAAGAGGGAAGCCAAGGGUGAUUGUCUGAGCUUGGAAUGGAGCUCAAUGGUAGAGAGCUUGCUUUCCAGGUAUGAGGCUCUGGGUUCAUCCCCAGCAUAGCAAAAACAAAACAAAAAGGUGGUUGUAAAUGGGUAAUGUAAUCAUUGACCACAUUAAUACCUUUAUAUAAGAUAAUAGAUGGGAAGUAAUUAUGGUAAAAACAAAUGUGAAAAAGUAGUGUCAAUGGGUGUCUUUUUUCUGCUAAAACUAGAACAUUGUUAUGAGUACUUAAACCUCACUGUGAAGUAAGGAUAUAUUUUGCUAAUUAAUGCCUCCACAACCCAGUGUUUUAUGGUGUUACUAAAUCUUAUCCCUUAGUAAAUAGUUGUGAUUUUUUUCUUCUUUUUAAUUUAGGAUUAGGCUCCUGUGUUCAUUUUCUUUGCUUUUUUUUUGUUUCCAGUUGUUUUUUUUUAGCUAUUUGGGAUCCUCCUUGAUAUUUAUGCAGUACAUGUUUAUCACUAAAUGUCAUGGUGGGGUUUACGUGAGUAAUUUCGUGUGUGGCCUGAAAGUACAUUCACUAAGAGGAUGGGAACUGUGGCAAUGGCUACCAUGGUUAUGAGCUUGUUGGCAGUAGAGGGUUUGUAGAGGCCAUGCCAAUGGUGCUUAAGGCUCACAGUGAAUCUUUUGAGGGCCUCAGGGAAUUCAGCAGCGUCCAGUGGUACUUCAAUCCAGUUCACUUCUUUUAUGUUUGCCCUACAUAGAGCCAUGCCUGCCCUUGUCCUGGCAGUGCAGUGGAGAUCCAGGGAUCUGAACUAGCUGGUUUUUGUUUAUGUUCAGAUGGGUAAAUGUCCAAACCACUUAAACUACAGCUGCUUUUCUGGCAGUCUUAUCUGCAGGGUCCAAACUUAAUAAACCACAGGAAAUAGACUGUCAUUCUUUGUUUGCUGCCAGGCCUCUUUUAGAUUUAGCACAUAUGGGUACAUGGGAGUAGAAUUGUUGGCUCUUAACUUCAACCUGCAGGCUGUUUGGCAUCUUUCAUUUCCCUGGUUUUUUUUUUAAAGCAGAGCACAUUUGCAUCUCUUAGCUGUUUCUUUGCACAACAGUGUAAUAGUGAGUCCUAUUAAAAGUCAGGAAAAGACCUAUGAUCUGUCCACCAUCCGCCUCACUAAUUGCAGAACAUCACUGAAAAUACUUAAUGUCCAGUUCUGUGUGCAAAUUAAAACCACUUCACUGGCAAUUCUUUCAGUGGGAAAUGGAUAAACAUUAUAUAUUGUUAUGUUCAAUUAUGUCAAUAAACCCACCUAUUAAUAGAGAUAUUUUAUUGUUGG